AUGUUUGCCCCAUUAAGACAAUGUUUCAAAACUCCAGCCAUUAGAAGAGCUAUUCUUUUACGACCAUCUGUUUCAUUAAGAUCUUCCACUUUCCUUAAUAAUACUACUAGAUUUAAUGCUACUAGAAACUAUAGUAGCAGUCAUGAUGAAGAAACUUUUGAAGAAUUCACUACAAGAUUUGAAAAAGAAUUUGAAGAAGCCUAUGAUUUGUUUGAAGUUCAAAGAGUCUUAAACAAUUGUUUUUCAUAUGAUUUAGUUCCAUCUCCAUCUGUUUUGGAAAAGGCUUUAUUGGCUUGUAGAAGAGUUAAUGAUUAUGCAACUGCUGUCAGAGUCUUUGAAGGUUUGAAAGUCAAAGUUGAAAAUAAUGAACAAUAUGAAGCUUACUUGGAAGAAUUAAAAGAUGUUAGAAAAGAGUUGGGUGUUGAUUUAAAAGAAGAGCUAUUUCCAUAA